AUGGAGCCGGUUGAACCAAUUCAAAAAAAUGCAUUGCAAUGCAAAGGUUGCCGUAAGCGUGUGGUGACAAAAAAUGAGUUGAAAAGGAUUUUGACAUAUUAUACAUCGCAGUUGCCGUGUGUCAUUGAAGCUUGUAAAGUGGAAAAACGUGAAUUAAAUUCUUUGAUUAAAAGUCUUCAGGAGGAAAUCCGGGCUAAGGAUGCAUCAAUUAAAGUUUUACGCGAAAAUUUGUCAACGAUACGGUGUACAAUUCGAGAGUUCAGUUGCUUCAUCGCCAGUAACCAUCCUGGAACAUCGAUUGCAGCAGCAGCUCAAACGUGGGAGAAACUUUGGAAAACAGAAAAUGAGGAAGGAUUAUGGAACGCUGUAAGCUCACCAAAAAUACAAUCAACAAUGCGUCACCAUCGGUCACAUGCUAAACCAUGUAUAUCAUCUUCUGCGGACAUUUCCACUGCCAAUACCACACAAUCUGAGAAAACACAAUUCGUUUCACCUCAGCAAAAUAAUAUUUUCCAUGAAUUUGCUCGGAAGAAUACUGUGCCGGUGUCACGUCUAACUAAUUCGAACAUUUCACGUAAGCCAUCGAUGAAUUUGGAACAGUUUAUUUCGCCUUCCCAAAAAGCUGUAACUAACAGCGAUAACUGUUUAUCACCACAAAACCAAACAGCAGCAACAGCUCAUGCUUUAAUUACUGUAAAUCAACCAUUGAAUUUGUUGAUAUCAUCGGAUGCUAACAGCCAUGCUGUGAUGCCAACUAAUUCCCAAUAUAAAAUCAUACAAACUAAUAAUUCAUCGCAAGUGAACGGGCAAAGCAUUGUUAAUCAUUCUCCGGCAAUCAGUUAUUUAAAACUGAAUAGUACGGAAACGAAGCGUAAAAAUCGUAAUGAACAAGCUGGUAUCAAAAAAGUUCAAAGAAGUGAAACUAUUAGUGAUGUGAUUGUACUUAGCGAUGAUGAAAGUGAUGAAAAAGUGAAUAUUACACCCGAAGAUGUGAUUACAAUACCUCGUUACGAUUCCAUAAAUUCUUUGCGUUGCAAAAAAUCUCACCCGUUAGUUUAUCCUAAGCUAAGGAUUUAUCCAGGCUUACGUAUAUCACGCCUUCACAUUACAUGGUUGAAUUCAUUCGAAGAUAUAACAAAGACAAAACACAUUAUGCUGAAUGUUCGAUAUGCAGGUGAACACUCGAAACAGAUCUUCCACAUUUUGUAUUACAUACGAUCAAUGGUUGAAAAAGGAGAAGCGGAAGGAUGGACAAGGAUUUAUUCAAAAGAAUGUGAAGCUGGUGGGAAUAGUCGAUUGCGUAUUCAGUUUGAUGAUGGUCAGACUUGGUUCAAUGAUGCAAUCUAUUUUACCGGAUUUAUUGAAUGUGGUUUGGAGAGGUAUGGUGCAUAUGCAGAUGUAUGCAAAGUGGAAUUGGGUUUACAAGAUAAACAGAUACCAGCUAAUUUUACUCGAUGCUACUGGCCGUAG